UACGGGAAAAAAAAAACCAAAUUUAUGUUUUAUGAUUUAUUUAAAUUGGAACUUGAAUAAUUCACUUACCUGGAACUGAAUAUUUAAUGUAACUAAGUAUAACAUGAAAAGCUAUUAACUAGAUAUAGCUAAGUAUUUGAACUUUACAAUUAGUAUUCAUUUUGGUUUCUUAAAGAGUGAUAAUCUGACAUUGUCGCACAAAUUAAUAAAAUAAUUGAAAUACAUUAUGUUUUUAAAAAUUAUAAUUAGUUAAUCAAUAGUGUUUAAUACAAAUAAAAAUAUUUAUAAGUUUAUUGCAUUUUUUUAAUUAAUAUUAAAUUUAAAGUAAUAUAAAUUAUUUUGAAAUUUUAAAUAAUAAUGACAUUAUUUAUGAAACAUAGAGGAGUAGUUUUUUUCUCGGCUAACCGUUUCUGUGGAUCUAGAUUAUAAAUCAUGGUUUUAGCAAAGCAACUAUAGAUGAGAUGGUGAGUGUUGUUACGCAUGAAUUCUUUGGCAUGCCUAUGAACGAAAAAAGGAAGCUAUAUUCGGGCGAUCCAACGAAGACACCGAGAUUAUCGACGAGCUUUAACGUGAAGGAAGAAGAGGUUAACAAUUGGAGAGACUAUCGAAGACUCAAUUGUUAUCCUAUCGACAAGUAUGUCCAUAAGUGGCCUUCAAACCCAUUCAUCGAUCGAUAUAUCUUCCACAUAUCGACCUCAGCUCAUCCAGCAAACACACUCAUAUUAUACACGUUUUGAUAAGGCAAGUAUAACAAUGGAAGCUCUUCCUAAUGAUCUCGAAGAGAGGAUUCUUCUCAACCUUCCCCCAACGGAACUGGGCACGUACAGUCGGGUCUCAAUGAGGUGCAGGAAUGUGAUCCAGAGCAAAGAAUUUAUCAAGGAGUACAUUGGCCGGUCGACCACAGAGCCUCGGUUGUUGUUGGUAGAAACCACAAUGAAACCUGAAGUACUGUUUCACUCUAUGUAUCAACAGGCGAACCCAUUGUUGUCCGGUAAAGAAAAGGUGCGGAUUCCUCAUAGCCCAGGACCACAGCUUCAUAUUGAUCAUCCGGUCCGAGGUUUAGUCUGUCUUUCAUAUGAAACAAAGGUUGUGAUUACCAAUCCGGGUGCAAAAGAGAUUGUGUGUUUACCGGAAAACGAAGCUGGUAAACAAGGGGAAACAAAAUGCUUUCUAGGAUACGAUGAGGAUACAGAUGUGUACAAGGUAUUGUGUGUGCCAGUGCCUGUGUUAAGUACACGAGAAGAAGCUAGAGAAUAUCAAGUUCUGACUGUUGGAUCAGGUGGAGAAUCUUGGAGAGGAAUCGAAUGUAAGCAUCAUCAUUCUCUAGUUACAAACGGAAUAUGUAAAGGAGGGGUUGUGUGCUUUGUAGCUCUUUCCGAAUGUCGCCAAAUAGUUCGGGUGAUGAGCUUCGAUGUGAACUCUGAAAUUUUUACCGUCACUGAACUACCUAAGGGAGCCGAGAUUCAUGAAUCGUUUAGCUUUGUGAAUUACAAUGGGACAAUGGCCCUAGUGGAUGAAUUAUUGUAAAUCUUGCACCACAAGAUACUCAAAAGACUUUCUUAUUGAUAAACAAUGUAUCAUACAUCAUAUUUGUACAAGAGUUUUGGACAAUAUUCCUAAAACAGAAUUGGAACAUAUCCUAGAAUGAUUUGGUAGUAUCUCUAAGUAAUGGAAAUUAUCCUAAUUUUCUAAUACUCCCCCUCAAAUUGGAGUGUGGAGGUCAGUAACACCCAACUUGGGCAAUAACACAUCGAACCGAGGCUUGCCAAGAGCCUUAGUGAGAAUAUCAGCGAGUUGAUCCUUUGUCCUGACAUGUUGAGCACGAAUCAGACCUGCUUUCAUGGCAUCUCGAACACAAUGAGAGUCCCAUUCUAUGUGUUUCGUUCUUUCAUGAAAGACAGGAUUCGAGGCAAUGUGAAUUGCAGCCUGAUUAUCACAAAAGAAAGGAACUGGCUUCUUAACAUUGAUGCCCAGGUCCGUAAGUAACGGAAUGAUCCACCGGAUUUCCUUCGUAGCAGCAGCCAUUGCUCUGUAUUCUGCUUCUGCGGAUGAGAAAGAGACAGUAUCUUGCUUCUUGGUUUUCCAAUCAAUGGGAGACCCUCCAAGAAGCACCACAUAUGAACUGAGAGACCGACGAGACGACGGACAAGAAGACCAGUCGGCAUCACAAUAAAUUGACACAUCAAGAUUGUCAUCAGAACUUAGAAGAAUUCC